CUGAAAAUAGUGUUUAAAGAGUACUAAUUUUUAGUGCUGUAUUUGCCUUGAUUAAAAUUAAAAAAACCAACAAACCUAUAUUGAUAUUCGAGGAAUACAUGGCUGUUUUAAGUAUGUGUUCACACUUGAGCCAUGAUCACUAAUCUCCUAAAUGAUUGAUUUUAAUUAGUUAUUACUUGUACCUUUCUUGUAUAAAUUUCAUUAAAGGUACACUGUUGGUAAGAAGCAAACCUCAAACCUAUACUGCUUGAAUUGAUCCAAUGAGAUAUAAAGUAAAAACUAUUGACGAAGCACCAGUACCUUAUGAAAACUAAUUUAUUAAAUCUUGACACAUUAAUGUUUAGUAUUAUUUUAAGCAAACGGAGAAGCCUGAAAAUUGUUAUGUAAUGGUUUGUUGGGAAGCCAGAUAAAUGACUGUGAAUGGAUGUAACAGGAUUCUCCGGAGGUUACAUUGGAAAGUGAGUAAACUGCUUACAUCAGUGUGUAACGUUACCUCAAGCAGGUUAGUGUCUUGUUAACUGUUGAGAUGGGUAAUAGUGCUACUAGUGGGGGAACGGUUUGUUUACGCCCGCCAAAUGCACUUAUUGCUUGUACUCAUGGGCAUCAUCUAGAUGCCAGGAUGGGUGGAGCAGUCAGCCACUUCUUCCAGUCCGGGAGUGCGCUGUUAACUGUUGGUAACCAUCGGGGCUGCUCAGAUGCAACCAGAGCCCGCGUCAGGAUGGUAUUCGAUGUAUUGAGAGCGAAUCCCAGAGUCACUGUUCAACGACUCGAAGGUCUUCUUUCACAAAUACCAAAGAGUGAAAAUGUCCUAGUAGUCCACAAUGAAGAGGGAUACAAUCUGCUACAGAAGGUUGUGGCCAUCAAUAACGUGGACAUGCUCCGCUGGAUCCUGUCUCGUAACACUGAUCUUAAUCGUGGGGCAUGCUCCUUCCCACUGCACAUCGCUUGUCUUAGAGGGUAAUUCUGGAUACAUCUAAAACAACUCAAGUGUUUAUUCUAGAAGUCAAUAAAUUAAAAAUAUUGGUUUUCUUCCAAAUAAAACCUCAAUUUUGAUAAGUGACAACAGUCAUCCAAAGGACGAGGCCAACACGUUUUAUAAAUAAGUUUUUAAAAUCAGUAAAUGUCACUUACCAGACAUUUUCUUACUAAAGCAAAUCAUAACUCAGAUAUGAAUGAAAAUUUGCAAACCAUCAUAUUUCAAGAUGUCCAUUUCAAAUAGUAUCUCUUAAUAUUUCUAGAAACAAUAACUUAUCAAAAGAAUUUCUUAUGAAGAAAUGUAUUCCUCACUUCGAUUUUUAAUCAAUGUUAAUGCCAAAUCAUAACUCAGAUAUGAAUGAAAAUUUGCAAACCAUCAUAUUUCAAGAUGUCCAUUUCAAAUAGUAUCUCUUAAUAUUUCUAGAAACAAUAACUUAUCAAAAGAAUUUCUUAUGAAGAAAUGUAUUCCUCACUUCGAUUUUUAAUCAAUGUUAAUGCCAAAUCAUAACUCAGAUAUGAAUGAAAAUUUGCAAACCAUCAUAUUUCAAGAUGUCCAUUUCAAAUAGUAUCUCUUAAUAUUUCUAGAAACAAUAACUUAUCAAAAGAAUUUCUUAUGAAGAAAUGUAUUCCUCACUUCGAUUUUUAAUCAAUGUUAAUGCCAAAUCAUAACUCAGAUAUGAAUGAAAAUUUGCAAACCAUCAUAUUUCAAGAUGUCCAUUUCAAAUAGUAUCUCUUAAUAUUUCUAGAAACAAUAACUUAUCAAAAGAAUUUCUUAUGAAGAAAUGUAUUCCUCACUUCGAUUUUUAAUCAAUGUUAAUGCCAAAUCAUAACUCAGAUAUGAAUGAAAAUUUGCAAACCAUCAUAUUUCAAGAUGUCCAUUUCAAAUAGUAUCUCUUAAUAUUUCUAGAAACAAUAACUUAUCAAAAGAAUUUCUUAUGAAGAAAUGUAUUCCUCACUUCGAUUUUUAAUCAAUGUUAAUGCCAAAUCCGUUUACUGAUUUCUUUUCUUGUUAUUUAUAGGCCUAACUAAGUGAAUACGAUUUUUCAUUUUUACAAGAACCAAAAUUGCAAAGAACUAAUUUACUGAACUGUUAAAUUAUGUUGUAAUGUUCUAUAAAACUGUAAUGUCCAGGUGCUUGGUGUAAUAUUGUUAUCACAACAAAUCAUUGUUUCUCGGGCUUUAACCUGAUCGGCUUAUAAUCUUUCUUUCAGCUUAAGAUUUUUGAGUUUGACUGCUAAGUUCUUUUAGCUGUUACCGUCUCAGAAUAAAAAAAAUGCUCAGUCUCUUUGUCGUUUAGUCUUGGGAAUAAUAGUGUCAGUGUUUUAAGCUCCACACUCGAUUAAUAGACUGAUUUCUGUGUUCUCUUGGUGAUGAAGUCGUUUUGUUGGGUUAAUAAAUUACCUCACGUUGGUGAUGCCAUAUGUUAAUUGCGCAGAUGUGUAGAUUUAAUAAAUAACAACACGGGUAACAAAGAUAUUAUGAUAUGAUAAAGAUCAAAUGUGUGUGGGGAUAACAUGUGAUAGCCCGAUGUUGAUUGCCCCUUACAUCAUAAUAUCUAAGUCCCAAUCCAGGAAUAUGGGUUGUUAUAAACUUCAGUGAUGUCAUAGUUAUAGGUUGGGUGUCUAACUACCCAUGUCAUAUCAUAUGUAGAUGUCCAAGUCCAGGUGUAUUUUAAAAUAUUAAUAAUAUUUCCUUUUUUGGAUAUGUAGAUAUUUAAAUGUAGAUAUUACCAAUGUAGAUAUUUAAAAUGUGUGUCAGUCAAUAUAUGCCUAGACCAGUAUAGGUGAUGUGAUAAAUUGAGGUUAAACCUUGUAGUAUGUUCAGUAUCAAUAACAUACUCACCACCAGUUUACUUCAGGUUCAACAACCUUUCCUCACUUUAAUUUAAACUACACUACUACUAUUUGUUGUUGGGCUUAGACCUAGGCUACCAUCACUUUACUGUUUGUUACGAUUUUCAAUGUGGGAAGAUUGUAAUCACUAUCACUUUGUAUAUUUUCGUAAAUACUAGAAUAUAUGAGCUGUUGGGAAAACAUUGUAGUACUAGAGGACAUGCUGAAAAAUCCUGGUCUUCAACCUGCAGAAUAUUUUGAAAGAUAGGUAACAAUAAGCAUAAUUUUUUCCAGCUUAAUACAAUAAAUUAAAAAU